AGCUUUUUUUUAAUAGUGUGGAUUUAUUGUGCUGUGCUUUUUGGAGGAUGAUCAUAUAUAUAUGUGGUCAGUAGUGCCUAUGCUGUCUGUGACCCAGCCUCCGUCUCACGUUACACCCUAUUUAUAACAUCCCCUUCCCAGGCUCCCCUCGUUCUGCAGCUCCUAGGAACCUCCUGUGCUUCCAGCUUCGAGCUCCACUCCUCUGUUCCUCCUGACAUCUGAGAAGUUCUGCAGCAGCUUGUCCUGGGCUAACUGUUUAUCCUGCGCAGCCUGCCAACCAGCCGCAUGCUCCGGAUUACCACAGGACGCCCAUUUUCCAGCUCAUUUUGCUAUUUGAUUUAUUAUUAUUAUUUUUUUCAGUUAAUGGAAAAAAUUAGGAAAAGUAACCUGGAUAUGUGCUUGUGAUCUUUCCAUUUGUUGUUUUUGGUUGAUUUUCUGACUUUGCUACUUCUACUCACCCAUCCCACCCUCACUAGAGGGCCUUGUGAGUUUGUACUCCAUGGAUCACACACUGUUUGGCUGCCUGCGGAGCCCCCAUGCCCCGGCGCAGGCUUUGCAUCCCGCCUUCACCCAGUCUCCCCUGACGCUCCAUGGACGGACGGAUCACAUCUCCUACCCAGACUUGGCUUCUUCCUCAUCCUCCUCCUCUACAUCCUCACCUUCUCCAUGCGUCAUCUCCAGCUACCCGGGCGACGACGGUCUAUUUUCUGGGCAGCACCACCACCACCGGAGCCACCUGCCCUCCCAGCAGCAUCACCACCAGCCUCAGCACCACGGAUCCUGGCACAUCCCACAGAUGCCGUCACCUGGUGGCGGCGCACGCCACGGCAUUUGCCAUCCACAUCCCCUGUCGUCCCAUGAGAACGGGCCCACGCCUCCAGACCUGGGCCACCCCGGUGCACCCAGCAUAUGUGCCAGCACACCAACUCUGGGUAGUGGCAGCACCCCAACAGGGGUUUCCUGUGUGCCCGCAGACUUCGGCAGACAGACCCUGUCACCCGCUGAAGCGGAGAAGAGGAACAGCAAGAGGAAAAGUGACAGCUCAGAGUCCCAGGAUGGGAAUUACAAGCCAGACGUGAGCAGCAAGCCCAGAAAGGAGAGGACGGCGUUCACCAAGGAGCAAAUCCGAGAGCUGGAGGCCGAGUUCGCCCACCACAACUACCUGACCCGACUAAGGCGCUACGAGAUCGCCGUGAACCUUGACCUCACUGAAAGACAAGUGAAAGUGUGGUUCCAGAACAGAAGGAUGAAAUGGAAAAGAGUGAAAGGCGGCCAGCAGGGUGCAGCGGCUCGUGAGAAGGAACUGGUGAAUGUGAAAAAAGGAACACUUCUGCCGUCAGAGUUCUCUGGCAUUGCGGCGCUCCAUCACUCCACGGACUCCUUGGCCAAUGAGGACAGUCAUGACAGUGAUCAGAGCUCUGAGCAUGCUCAUUUAUGAUGCACAGGCACACACACAUCCGUCCCCUCGUCCGCCUCGGGACCUUCCUUAGAAGGAACUGCUGUUGGAUGAUUCCCCAUGGCCAUUCAAUCAAACAACGAGGAGGGAUAUUGGUUUAAAAAAUAGCUGCAGAAAUGAUGUAAUUAUUUUGCUCCUAACAGAUUUCUUGUUUGUUUUUUUUCCGUUUUUGCAACGCACCUAAAUGUUUCAAAAGAAUCUUAUUAUUGAACAAGAUAACCUGAUUAAAUACAAAAAUAACUUUUCAAAUUUAUUUCAUUUUAUUAUUAAACAAAAACACUAUCCAAGCCAACCCGAUCCUACCUAAAAAUGUAAUUUCCCCAGAAGUCAGUGGUUGUUCUGCCUUUGCCGUCAGCAACCCUACCAAGCAAAAAAUAGGUUGAAAAUAUAUUGAAAAAUAACAUGAUUUUCAUCUGCAUUUGGUUAUUAAAUAAAAGGUAAAAAAUUGUGUAAUUUUUCUGAUAGUAACGUCUACUAUUGGACCAAAGUGGAACAAAAUCAGACCGACCAAACAGCCCGAUUAUCAACAACUAUUUCUGGACUAACCUCUGAAUGAUGUCUGGUGUUUGGGGUGGACAC